GAGGACUAGCAAAAACAGAGCGAAGGAAAAAGCAGGCAAACGGAAUAACACCCAGGUUGACUUGACGAACCUGCAACAGACAAGCAGGGAACACAGGAAUAAGUACCCAGGGACUAAUGAGGAAAACAGCUGACACUUGGAGAAAGGAUGACAACAUAGAAAUCCACAUCUUCCUGUACUUUGCCUACGGCAGCAACCUACUGAAGGAAAGGCUCCAGCUCAAGAACCCCUCCGCUUCCAUCCACUGUGUGGCCAGGCUCAAGGACAACAAGCUGAUAUUUGGGAACUACAAGGGUCUGGCCAGUGACCGCUGGCAUGGGGGUGUGGCGACCAUCGAGAACAGCCCAGGGGACGAGAUGUGGGGAGUGGUAUGGAGGAUGAACGUGGCUGACCUCAAGUCUCUAGACAGCCAGGUGAACGUGAGACUAGGGGCCUACAGCCCUGUGGAGGUGAAUGUGAAGACUCGGGGCCAAGAGCUCAUCUAUCGCACCUACAUCAUGAACAGCUGUGUUUAUGCUCCACCAUCGCCACAGUACCUCAAGGAGACACAACUCCUUUUACAUGCUCCCCCCUCUAUCACACACUGUCUUACUUUCUCAAUCUAG